CCUCUUAUAAGCCCAAGUGCCUCUUACUGUCCAACUUAUGCGGGGUCACCUCUUGACUUGGUGAGCCAAGCACAGUUCCUAGCCUCUUACCUAGACCCUGUGAACUACGCGUCCAAUGCUGGAGAGCAUCAACAGACUUCUGUGUAGUACAGGCUACUGCUGUUUCAUUAACCUAGGUCUUAGGGAAGUGGAGUUCUUGCUCUAAAAGCACAAACAUGCUUCAUAUAGAGGCUGUGUCACAUGUUUAGUAACCUUGGUGCUAUAGCUACCAGGCGGACCAAUUUGAUUAGGCAAGACCAGGAGAAAUUGGUGUGCUCUUGCUGGGUGCAGGACGAAUGUCAUAGGAUGAACACUGCUGGUGGGGUGUGUCUGUCUGUGCUGUCCUCUCUCCUGGCUGUGGCUGGGGCCCUGGCUGCCUUGUCUGCCCUCGCUCUAGCUCCUCUCUCUGCCCUGGCUGAGGCUGCCCGUGGGGCUGCCGACGGCGUCCCCAUCACCGGGGCAGAGGGGUCCCCCUCGCCCGUCUCCUCGCCAUGCUCCAGCCUUGUAGCUGGGGUGCUCUACGGCUCUUUCUCCCUAAGGGAGCUAUUUCCCUCCCGGGCGCCGGGCUGUUCCUGGUCCCUGGAAAACCCCGAUCCCACCAAGUACUCCCUCUACCUCCGCUUCACCCGCCACCCUAUCAUCUGCCGGACACACUCCCCCAUGCUCCUCUCCCUUGACCACCACCUGGCCAAUCAAAGCUGUCCCCUUCACUUACAGACCGCUGCUGCCAGGGAUCAGGAAGUCAUUGAUCUUUGUGGCAGCCAAUCCAACACAGAGGGACCGUACUCCUUCCUACAGUUUGAUAAGAACUUCGUCCAACUAUGUUUAGCGAGACACCCAGCUGCGGAUGAGCCUCAGGUUUCUAAGGAAUUGCUGGAGCUGAGACUGGUAGAGGUGUUACUCAUUAACAACGAGAACUCCAGUCAGUUUACCUGCGGCGUGCUGUGCCGAUGGUUUGAGGAGUGUUUACGCACAGGGCACAAUGGAGACCAGGAGGAUUCUGACGGAGAUGGUUGUGGGAUGACCCAGACGGGAUGUAUCUGUCCAAACCACAACAUCAUGGCACCACCGGUUCCGUUGCUCCCAGAGACGCCCCACAGUUUCAGCAAUGGUUCGCUCGUUCCCGAUGACUGCUGCGUCACUGAGCUGCAUUCCAAUGAAGCAAUCGCCAUAGCACCCAGAGAUGUUCGACAAGACCCAUAUGAUGAUGACGAUCUAAAGGUGAAGACCCAGAGACCUCGAUCAGCUGACCAGCCAGGUGUGUUUCAGGCACAAACGGGUGACCCUGCGGCAGAAGAGUGGUCACAGUGGAGUGUGUGUUCUCUCACAUGUGGGCAAGGCUGGCAAGUGAGGACGCGUUCAUGCGUUUCUUCUCCCUAUGGCACACUGUGCAGCGGAGCACUGAGGGAAACGCGGAUGUGCAACAACACCGCAUCCUGUCCAGGUGAACCUGGGAUCACAGGCUCAGUGCAUGGGCUGUGGGAGGAGUGGUCGUCAUGGAGUCUGUGCUCUGUGACCUGUGGGCGGGGCUCCAGAACACGAACCAGGAAGUGUGUGAACGGAGGCGGGGCUGUGGCUUGUGGACGGCCUGAGAGUCAGACCAAACUCUGCAACAUAGCAGUGUGCCCUGUGGAGGGCCAGUGGUUGGAGUGGGGGCCGUGGUCGAGAUGCAGUGUGACUUGUAACACUGGAACCCAGCAGAGGCAGAGACGCUGCAGUGCGUCGGUGCACGGCUGGGCUGAAUGUAAGGGCCCCCAUCAGGAGAGCAGAGAAUGCACCAACCAUUCCUGCAGUGGUGGCGGUAACUGGGGCAACUGGAACCACUGGAGUCUUUGCAGCAAGACGUGUGACUCCGGUUGGCAGCGUCGCUUCAGGAUGUGUGAGGGCACCGGAAUACAGGGCUACCCCUGCGAUGGCUCGGGAGAGGAGGUCCGGUCCUGUAAUGAGAAGAAGUGCCCUGCUCCUCAUGAGAUAUGUAAAGAAGAGCACCUUCUCUCUAUGUCAUGGAAGAGAGCCUCAGCUGGAGAAACUGUCUACAACAAGUGUCCAACUAAUGCCACUGGAUCUGCUAGUCGUCGUUGCAUGCUGGACAAUAAUGGAGUUGCUUUCUGGGGUCCUCCGAGCUUCGCCAGAUGCGUCUCACUUGAAUAUAGAUAUUUACAUUUAUCUUUGCGAGAGCAUCUCGCGAAGGGUCAGAGGACCCUGGCUGGGGAGGGCAUGUCUCAGAUCGUAAGGACUCUCCUGGAGCUCUUGCAGAGGAGAAGCUACUACAGUGGCGACCUUCUCUUUUCCACGGAGAUCCUGCGAAAUGUGACGGACACCUUCAAAAGAGCAACCUACAUCCCAGCUCCCGACGACGUGCAGAAAUUCUUCCAGAUACUCAGCCUAAUGUUGGACAUGGACAAUGUAGAGAAAUGGGAGGACGCCCACCAGGUCGCUCCCGGUGCUGCUUUGCUGAUGAGGAUAGUCGAAGAUUUCAUUCACCUCAUCGGAGAAGCCCAGAAGCCUUUCCAGAGUUUCCUGGUGGUUACCAACAACCUCAUGAUAACCGUCCAGCGAGAGCCGGUGUCUGCCGUUUCCAGUGAUAUAAACUUCCCCAUGAAGGGCCGGAGAGGGAUGAAGGACUGGGCCAGAACAGCAGAGGACAAGCUCUACAUCCCUAAAGAGGUCUUUACCAUCCCCGCUGAAGAGACAGAGACAGAGUUAGAGUCUCCGAUGUACUAUGUCAUCGGAGCCAUCUUGUACAGGACGUUGGGCGUCAUCCUACCUGCACCAAACCCCCCUGCGGUGAUCAACUCCAAGAUCCUGACAGUGACAGUUCGGCCGGAACCACAACCCAGCAAGCCCAUGGUGGUGGUGGAGCUGUUACCGCUUUUUAAUGGUACCUCAGAUCCACAGUGCGUUGUCUGGGACUAUGGCAACCCGGAAGCUGGCGCAGAAAACUGGGGCACAGAAGGCUGCCAAACAUCCCCGUCAACCGCAGUCCACACCAAAUGCCUGUGCAGCAGGAUAUCCACCUACGCCGUGUUAGCGCAGCAAGCUAAAGACCCGGAAAUGGGUCCUACCAGCAUGCCCUCUGUGCCCCUCAUGGUGGGCUGUGGGGUCUCCUGCACUGCUCUGCUCAUCCUGCUGCUAAUCUACGCUGCCUUCUGGAGGUACAUUCGUUCGGAGAGAUCCAUAAUCUUGGUGAAUUUUUGCCUCUCCAUCUUGGCCUCCAACUUAUUGAUUUUGGUGGGACAAUCUCAAACGCUCAGUAAGGGCCUCUGUACCGUGACUGCGGCCUUUCUGCAUUUCUUCUUCUUGGCGUCCUUCUGCUGGGUGCUGACGGAGGCGUGGCAGUCCUAUCUGGCCGUUAUCGGCAAAAUGAGGUCACGACUCAUUCGCAAGCGUUUUCUGUGCCUCGGCUGGGGUCUUCCAGCCCUAGUUGUAGCAGUGUCAGUGGGUUUCACCAGAGCGAGAGGUUACGGCACAGCCAGCUAUUGCUGGCUGUCCUUGGAGGGCGGUCUGCUUUAUGCCUUUGUUGGGCCUGCUGCUGUCAUUGUAUUGGUGAAUAUGCUCAUUGGAAUCGUGGUGUUCAACAAGCUCAUGUCUCGAGAUGGCAUCUCAGACAAGUCUAAAAAGCAGCGAGCGGGGGCGUCUCUGUGGAGCUCCUGCGUAGUUCUUCCCCUGUUAGCAUUAACCUGGAUGUCAGCAGUGCUGGCCAUAACCGACCGGCGCUCCACACUCUUCCAGGUCCUCUUUGCAGUCUUCGACUCUGUCCAAGGUUUUGUCAUCAUCAUUGUCCACUGUGCAAUGCGCCGAGAGGUGCAGGAUGCAGUGCGCUGUAGGAUGGGGGGAUGUAAAGAUGACAGCGAAAACUCACCAGACUCCUGCAAGAACGGACAGGUGCAGAUCAUGACGGAUUUUGAGAAGGAUGUGGACUUGGCAUGUCAGACAGAGAGAGGACACCCAUUCAUAUUCAAGGAGGUGAACACCUGUAACCCGGCCACCAUCACUGGCACCCUUUCCCGCAUCUCCCUGGAUGAUGAGGAUGAUCCCAAGCUGGCAGCCCAUCAGGAGGGGGGAGUGGGGGUCAACUUUACCUCCCUCCCCGGGAACAUCCCCCCUCCCAACCUCAUCGUACAGGUGCCAAAUCUCAGCGGCCUCAAUGAGCUAAGCGAGACUCCUCUAAAAAAGGAGGUGAACGUAGAUCAGCAGAGACAGCAGGGGCAGCAACGCAGCGGCGCUCCAAUCUACCUGUGCACCGAGAGUGGCCUGGGCUGGGCUCGACCGCCCCCUUCCUCCAACACCUCCCAGGACGGAAGUGCCGGAAGCAUGGGGAGUGGCAGAGGGGGAGGAGGAAGUGGAGGAGGCGGGGAGGGAGACUACAUGGUCUUACCUCGUAGGACGGUCAGUCUGAAACCUCCAGCGCCCUCCUCCCAGGGAGGAGGCCUGGGACUGGGGGGCGAGGACAAGCCUCUUAACAUUGAAAUGGAGGAUCCUCCCUUCCCCCCGCCUCCCUCACCUCUGACCCUCCACCCAGCUGAGAGUGAGGCGUACCCGGCGGAUUUUGUGCCGUCGAGUGUGGGCGACAUGAACAUCGCCAUGAACCUCAACCGCUCCUAUGGGACGAUCAAAACCAUGCCCCACGGGCACGGCCACAUGAUGGCUCAGGGUGGUCUCGUACACUCCCACGGAGGACACGUGCACUCCCACGGACAUUCGCUCCAGCUGAAGCCAGGCCAGAGGCCUUCGGUCAGACAGAUUCUGACGGGGGGAACCGCAGUGGAGAGAACCAGGACCCUGCCACGCAACCUGGGUAGCACCAAUGCCAACAGCAGCCUCUCAGCAGGAUCCCUAGAGAGGAAAAGAGUACGGUACUCUGAGCUGGACUUCGAGAAAGUGAUGCACACUCGCAAAAGACAUUCUGAGCUGUACCAUGAGCUCAACCACUCGUCCAAGUUCCACACCAUAGACAGGUAUAGCAGGGACCCAGCCAUGUCCACAUUCAAGAGGGAAAAGCGAUGGAGCAUUUCGUCUGCCGGAGGUGAAAAGAACUCGUCGAGUGACAAGUCCACCCCGGAGGACCAGAGCUCCUGGGACAGCUUCAAGAACAUGACCCCCGAGCUGUCCAUCGUGCCUGGGGAGCAAAAGGACCGGAUGGAGCUGCACAAUAAGAACUGGGACUCCUCCUCAGCUAACACGCCUGACUCGUCCGAGGGAGACUUCCAGACUGAAGUGUGAAGACACACACACACACACACACUCACACUCAAUUGAAUACACCCGCGCUCAUUGCCGAGGCGAACUUCUGAAAAGCUAUACAUACUGUAAGUACAUGAUUUCUCGCAAAGAUCUCACACACACUGCUCCCCGUCUCCUGCAAUGUGCUCCUGUUGGAUCCCAUACUGUAUUUGUUUACUGCUGCUGAGGACAGACACGGAAAGAAGACUGUUCUAACCUAUAUUUUCGCAAAGACUAUUGAAAAGAAAGAACAGGGGCUUGACAUGUCUGGGACUGAAGACAUUUUUUAAAUGAACUUAAAAACUUAUGAAAAACUUAUUUCUGAGAAAAAAAAUGUCUUGAUUUUAUUCUGGAGAAAAAAGAAAAUCUCUUUCAAUU